AUGUCCUUUCUUCAUACGCAUUCGAGCGAGUGUUUAAAGAGUGAACUCGACCUCUUCUCCUUACCACCCACGCAAACUAGUAUCGAGAGUUCACAAUGGAUUCAUUACAAACCCGUGACUUCGCUCUCGGACGACUCGCCGAUAGAAUUCGUCAUUCCCGGUCACGGAGAAGAAUAUUUAGAUCUCACGCACACCAUGCUGAGUCUUCGCGUACGCGUAGAAACGUCAGGCGAUUCCACAGGACACGUUACGGGAGUAAGCGGCAGCGCAACGACGGACAAUGUAGGCCCCGUAAAUCAUUUACUUCAUUCCAUCUUCAAUCAGAUCGACGUGUAUUUCAAUCAAAAGCUCGUAUCGCCGCCAAACAACGCUUACGCGUACCGCGCCUACAUCGAGGCGUUGUUAAAUUAUUCUUCACCGGCAAAAACUUCCCAUCUAACCUCAUGUCUAUGGGACGCGGAUACUCCCGGACGAAUGGACGAACCGGUGGAAUCAAAAACGGCAAAUUCCGCUCUCGUGAGACGCGCUCAUUACAUACGAGGAGGACGGGCUCUAGAUCUUAUAGGACAUCUCCAUUGUGAUGUUUUCAAUCAGGACAAAUUUUUAAUUAACGGUGUAGAAGUACGUUUGAGGCUCGUUCGUUCGAAAGAUUCGUUCUGUCUUAUGGAUAGUAACGGUGCGUCGUCGAAAAUUCAUAUACUGGAUGCGAGUCUGCUAGUGAGAAGAGCGAAGAUAAGCGCCGGAUUAUUGCUCGCACAUGCAAGAAUGCUGAGUAAAGUUACGGCCAAAUAUCCGCUCACGAGGGUCGAGGUUAAAACAUUCACGAUCCAUAGCGGUGUUGUGGGCGAAUCGUUAGAUAAUGUAAUACUUGGUCAACUUCCGAAAAGAAUAAUAGUCGAAGAAUCGCUUUACGUCGAGGCUUAUCAAACGCUCUUCACGGGAACAGGUAUUCAUUUUUUGAAUGAAGGAAAUUCUAUAAGCAGAGAUGAUUAUUCAAAGGGCUAUACGCUAUUCGCUUUUGAUCUUACGCCCGACUUAUCGGCUAAUUAUGCAGGACAUUGGAAUCUUGUGAAACAUGGUAGUUUACGAUUAGAAGUACGAUUUGAGAAGGCGCUCACCGAGACCGUUAACUGUAUUAUUUACGCAGAGUUUGAUAAUGUCAUAGAAAUUGACUCAUCCCGUACGGUAAAAAGAUUUCAGUUUCAUUCGAGACACGAGUAUCGACGCUUCGCGAAGAGUUUAAAACUAACUCCAGAGCACACAGGUUUUCGCAUUAUGGAUAUAAUCGUCGACAUACAGGGUUUCCGUGAUGCUCGCGAGAAAUUUAUCCCUAAAGAAGUUGCCGUUGUCGCCGUUGACGCGCCAAUUGUCGGACAUUGGAUUAUGAUGCCACCGCAUUCGUUUGGCGAAUUACCGGAAAAUGUAAGACGACAAAAUAAUUGGCUCACGCGAAAUUAUCAUGGUAUUGAAUGGUUCGACGGCGAAGCUAAUCCGAAAUAUUUUACAACGCAUCUACGCGAAAUAACAAGACAUGCCCGCUAUAUUUAUGUCAGAGGAUGUGAAAAGCAAUCUAUUUGA